GCAGGAUGGAUGCUGUGUAGUAAGUGGGAAGGGGGUGGAGGUGAUGGGGAGGAGAGUGCGGCGCUCGGCUUCUACGUCAGCCCACAUCACAGGAGCGCACAGGACCUUUUCCUGCUUCCAAGUACUCCUCGGGGUGACUCCCUCCACAAGGAAGGAAAAAAAAAAAAAGAAAAAUCCCGAUCGCACUUAAACGCACCCAGCUCCCAAUAAAAAAAGGAUUUGGUUUCUGAGCACGCUCUGUGCAGAGGAGCAGGGAGCUGUCCACGGUGCUGAAUUCACCAGCCAACAGAGCUCUCCACUGCACACUCAUGUGCUUGGGCCCCUCCUGAUACCUCCUCCUCCUAUUCCUAGCAGCAACUCAGCCACCACCACCACCACCUCCACCUCCACGCAUCCAAGAUGGACGAUGACGGGCGCUACAGAGACAGCCGCUCGGACUUCAUCCGCGGUGCCAAGGACAUCGCCAAAGUCACCAAGAAGCAGGUCGGCAAGAAGGUGGGGCGCGGCGUGGACAAGAUGACGGACGAGUACACCAAGCGCUCCUACAAGCGCUUCGAGGAGGAGGACGACGAUGACGACUACGCCAGCGUGCCCAGCGGCGGCGACGGCGGAUAUUAUCGCAACGACAGCCGGGCCAACGACGACGAGGCCCACAGUGACUCCACCGAGGGGCACGACGAGGACGACGAGAUCUACGAGGGCGAGUACCAGGGCAUCCCGAAGGGCGACUCGAAGGGAGGCAUGGACGGGCUGACGUCCGCCCAGGCGCAGGCGCAGUUCAGGGACCUGUCUGCCUACGAGGGGGAGAGGAGGAAAGACCAGGAGGAGCUGGCCGAGCAGUACGAGACCAUCCUGCAGGAGUGCGGCCAUGGGAAGUUCCAGUGGACUCUCUACUUUGUCCUCGGCCUGGCGCUGAUGGCGGACGGCGUGGAGAUCUUCGUGGUCGGCUUCGUGCUGCCCAGUGCAGAGAAGGACAUGUGUCUGUCUGAGCCCAACAAAGGCAUGCUGGGCCUGAUCGUGUACCUGGGGAUGAUGGUGGGGGCCUUCGUGUGGGGCGGCCUGGCCGACCGAAUCGGCCGGCGGCAGACGCUCCUCAUCUCCCUCUCCAUCAACAGCGUGUUUGCCUUCUUCUCGUCCUUCGUCCAGGGCUACGUCUCCUUCCUGUUCUGCCGCCUGGCCUCCGGUGUCGGCAUCGGCGGCUCCAUCCCCAUCGUGUUUUCCUAUUACUCCGAGUUCCUGGCGCAGGAGAAGCGAGGGGAGCAUCUGAGCUGGCUCUGCAUGUUCUGGAUGAUCGGUGGCAUCUACGCCUCCGCCAUGGCGUGGGCCAUCAUCCCGCACUACGGCUGGAGUUUCCAGAUGGGCUCGGCCUACCAGUUCCACAGCUGGCGUGUCUUUGUGUUGGUGUGUGCCUUCCCGUCCGUGGCGGCCAUCUCUGCCCUCACCACCAUGCCUGAGAGCCCUCGCUUCUACCUGGAGAACGGGAAACACGACGAGGCGUGGAUGAUUCUGAAGCAGGUCCACGACACCAACAUGAGAGCCAAGGGUUACCCAGAGCGGGUCUUCUCUGUGACCACCAUUAAAACAGUGAAGCAGAUGGAUGAGCUGGUGGACAUGGGCGACAGCACCGCCUGGCAUGAGAAAUGGAGGAUGAAGCUCUCAAUGCUUUUUCAUCAGGUGUGGAGUAACUUCCAGGCCGUGUUCUCCCCCGAGUACCGACGCACCACCUACAUGAUGAUGGCCGUGUGGUUCUCCAUGUCUUUCAGCUACUACGGUUUGACUGUGUGGUUCCCCGACAUGAUCAAGUACCUGCAGAAGCAGGAAUACUCCUCACGCACCAAGGUCUUCGUCAAGGAGAAAGUAGAACACGUGACCUUUAACUUCACCCUGGAGAACCAGGUCCAUCGUCAGGGAGAGUAUUUUAACGACAAGUUUAUGAACCUGAAAAUGAAGUCGAUGGUGUUCGAGGAUUCGCUGUUUGAGGAGUGUUACUUUGAAGACAUCACCAGCAGCAACACCUUCUUCAAGAACUGCACCUUCAUCGCCACCCUCUUCUACAACACAGACCUUUUCAAGUACCGCCUGGUUAACUGCAAGCUCGUCAACAGCACUUUCCUGCACAACAAAGAAGGCUGUCUGCUCAGCGACGUCAGCGACGACAACAAUGCCUACAUGGUCUACUUCGUCAGCUUCCUGGGCACCUUGGCCGUGUUGCCAGGCAACAUCGUGUCCGCGCUGCUCAUGGACAAGAUCGGACGGCUGAGGAUGCUCGCGGGCUCCAGCGUCAUCUCUUGCAUCAGCUGUUUCUUCCUGUCCUUCGGCAACAGCGAGUCGGCCAUGAUCGCGCUGCUCUGCCUGUUCGGGGGGAUCAGCAUCGCCUCCUGGAACGCCCUGGAUGUGCUGACCGUCGAGCUCUACCCGUCCGACAAGAGAACCACAGCGUUCGGCUUCCUGAACGCACUCUGUAAACUCGCGGCCGUGUUAGGCAUAAGCAUCUUCACCUCGUUCGUGGGCAUAACCAAGGCCGUCCCCAUCCUGUUCGCCUCGGGCGCGCUGGCCGCCGGCAGCUUCCUGGCUCUCAAGCUACCGGAGACGCGGGGUCAGGUGCUGCAGUAGUGCGGCGCCGACCAUCUUCCCCCGACUCCGUCCUCAACCCGUCCUCCACAACGAUUGGACAGCUGUACAUAUUAUCAUCAGUGAUUAUUUUAAGCCUCGCCGGCUUUGGAAAACCAUCGUGACGCCAGAAUAAGAAAUUAUUAUUAUUAUUAUUAUUAUUAUCACCAUGUGGGGCGUGAGGAAAAAAAAAAAAAAAAAAAUGCAAAUCUGAUUCACGUGAUUGGAUCCUGACCCCUCGUCCUGAUGUAAAUAUGAGGGGUCGGAGGUUCAGGGCUCAGGGCUCCUGAUGACGAGCCACGAAAAACAGACUCACGUAAAUAAUGACCACUAGCCAUCGUUGCAGAGUUCCCUGUUCCUUCCAUUCUCCUGAAAAUACAAAAAACUCCGCCCGCUCAAGUCUCGAAUACUUUGCCAUUGUCGGACAUUGACACAAAAAUGCGACCUUUUCAUCCUCGAUCUGGAGCAUUUUUGACUUUGGCUUUGGGGUAAAAACCAAGACUCUCCUCUCUUGGCUUUCUCUUCAACAAAGACCUGUCCUCAUUCUCUCUCUCCUGAGGUCUCGUGUCAGUGUAGACCUACUGCCAUUUUUAUAGAUUAUAGAACAUUCCAGGUUUUCUUUCAUUCCUUCUUUGUUUUUUUGUUGUUGUUGUGGUUGUUGCUGUCGUUUUUUGCGAUGAGGGGAUCAUCCGAGUCCCUCUGUCCCUUUACGACAUCGUCUCCGUUCACCUCUGAGAUCAUUCAGAUCAGAAAACGGACGUGUGUGCUGGUCAGAUUUCUUUUUGUUUUUCAUUUUGCCACAAAUGUGAAGCUAUUUGUUAACACAUAAAGCACAACCAGCCGUCCGGUGUGUGUGUGUCCCCAAACAUUUUCCUCUUGACUCGAUGAAAAUGUCCAGAAUCUCACACUCAAGUCAUUUGUCUCACGCUGUAAAAGCAUCUUUCCUCCUUCCUCCUCCCAACAAACCACAGUAUGUUUGUGGAGAGUCUUGUGCAUGUCACCGAGAUCUAUGUAACCAUGGAAACUGAAGAGUGCAACAUGUAAAUGGCAUUUUGGACAUUUUCCUCCCACAAAAGCAGCACACGAACCUUUCGAUCUGAGCACACGUCUCUCAGAUUUAAAAACACUUAUUCGAUAAUUGGUUCCUGACUUCACCUUCACGAGGACGUGAUCAGAUGGUUUCAGUGCAGACGCGGCUAACAACGAAGACAAAUUAACUUUGUGAGCUGAAUGUUUAUAGUAAGAUGAGUGUGCUUCUUCUUAGUGCAAUAUUCCGAUCUCUGAUUUCUCCGUCUUUGUUUGAGCAUUUUUAGGCGUCUUAAAUAGAUGUAGACGAGAACAUGUGACAGAUUAGAGCUCAGCAUCGGUAAACCUGAGGUCUGUGUGUAGAUUUUUUGGGCGUGAACCCGGGGGGACACCAACAUAACGUAGCAUUACAAAAAAUUCACCACGGAGGACUCACUGCCAAGGGCUGAUAUAUUCAUGUAUUCCUCACAGGUCACAGCACAGAGCGGAGAUUAUGGCUGCUUGGUAACGAUCGAGGCGACGAACGAACACUCGUAUGUUCACAAUUGCAUGUUGAAAGUAGCAAAAACAAUCAU